CUAAAAAAAAAACAGUUUAUUAAUAAAAUAUUCCACUUGUAUUUACAAUUAUAAUUUAAAAUCUGCAACCCAUAUAAACAAUAACCUGCAUUUGUUCUCCUAUCAAUUCAUUGAACUUUCUCUAAAUGGAAAAUCCAUCCCAACCAAAAACAGCCCUUCAAGAAUUACACCAACCAUUACCAACACUUGAUGAUUUUAAAAAUAAUACUGUUGAUCAUACUCAAGAUUGCUCCAAGUGCAAAACUUUAGGCACUCCUGAUCGUCUUAAGCUUCCUAAACCAUUCAAGUAUCCCGAAAGGUAUACAAGUCCAACAGAUCAUAUAAUAUCUCCAAUAUCAAAGGGUAUAUUAGCUAGAUCCCGAAGAGGUUCUGCUCUUCUGCCACCAACCAAAAUCCACUCUAAGAUUCAUGAACUACGAUCCCAUAAACCAGUGGCGAAGUCAGAACUUCAGAUGACUGAAACCGAAAUUCAAGGUUUAGUCUAAAGGAAUACUACUCUUUUGUCUAAAGAUACACACAGAAACAAGUUGUACUUGUACUGGCUAUUAUUUGUAUUUGUAUUAAUCAAUAAUAUAAAUCUUCUGUUUCAAUUUCAA